ACUUAAUAUUGCUCUAAAGUAGAAUAGAGUAUUAUAGAAUUUAUCCGUCGCGCGCUACCGAAGUGGAAUUGCCAAUACAGAUACGUCAUUGCGGGUGCGGGAUCAUCAUAGUCUCUUUUGCACUGUCGAAAGCUUGAAAUGCCACGGAGAGAUCUCCGAAAAGUCGCAUGUUGAUAUGAACAUGAGAUCUUAGUACUUACACGAGGAGCGAGUCCGGGAUGCUCCAAGUUUACGCGCCAAUCGGCUGUCCACCCAGGAGCAGAAGAUAGUCACAUUCCCCGGGUUUGCAUCCAUAGUACGUAAAGGACGUACCUAAAAUGUAGAAAGGCAAAGACUGGAUCUAAGCAGUCGCAUUUUGAACUUACCAAGAUGCCCCUACUAACACGUCCAUGGUCUCUAGACCCACUGGACCUGGAUGGAUUUCCCCAGUUUCUUUGGGGUAUUUAAACCAUUCACUGAGUACCGGUUCCUGAGGAUUCACUGCGAUAGUGUUCACCAUGUCCAUACUCACCGGCUCAUCCCUACGGGGAUAUAACACGUUUGUCGUGUUGUUGUGUCUCACGUACAUUCUCCCUGCAGUCGCAUUGGUCCCCAGAAAUCCAUAUUCGAAGCUCGUGGCUCGUCAGACACCUGAUCCUUUGGAGGUUGAUGUGGGUUAUGCGACAUAUCGUGGUUACCACAACGACACAACUGGACUCAACACAUGGCUAGGUAUUCGUUUCGCAGAACCACCCGUGGGUAGUCUGCGAUGGCAGAAGCCCGUUCCACCGCGAACACCGCAGAACAAGACUGAGGUAGUAAACGCCGACAAAUUUCCCAACCAAUGUCCUCAAGCACCGCAAGCAGCUCCGAGCGAUGGUCCAUUCCAGUCUUCAACAUCACAAAGUGAGGAUUGUCUGUUCCUCAAUGUCUAUGCGCCGUCCAACGCGACUGGGCUACCUGUUUUUGUUUAUAUUCAUGGGGGUGGGUAUGGAUCUGGCAACGGUCAGUCGAAUAUACCAGUUUUGCUCAAUGGAUCUGGCGAGGAUUUUGUUGGAGUCGCGAUUCAGUAUCGACUUGGGGCUUUUGGCUUUCUUUCAUCGGACGAGGUCAAGCGUUUUGGAACGGCAAACGCCGGUCUGCUUGACCAGUAUCUUGCCUUGCAGUGGGUACAGCGAUAUAUUGGACUUUUUGGCGGAGAUCCCCUGCAAGUGACGAUCGCAGGAGAGUCUGCAGGUGCUGGUUCGGUGAUGCUUCAGGCUAUGGCCUACGGAGGAUCGAUUGGGACAUCCCUCUUCCAGAAUAUCAUAGCUGCUAGUCCUUACCUGCCUAUGCAGUACCGUUACUCUGAUUUUGUGCCCUCACAGAUGUACUAUACUUUCGCUGCUGCCGCCGGGUGUUUUGACGGUCUCCAAACCUGGAAGGAAAAGAUAUCAGUAUUUGACUGUCUCGUCAGUAAAGACACAGAGACUUUGCAGAAUGCCAGUUAUACUGUCACGGUAGGAGGGAAAUACGGUCAAUGGGCAUUCCUCCCUGUGACGGAUAACGAUUUUGUGCAACAGGUGCCGAGCCAGCAGCUUCUGAACAAGCAGGUCAACGGCGAGCGCCUAUUGAUCAGCAACAACGCGGAUGAGGGCACCCGGUUCACCCCUCAAAAGAUCGAUACCGAAGAUGAUUUUGUCAACUUUAUCAAGUCGUUGUUCCCGCUCUUUACGGAAAGCGAUGUGAACAAGACCCUUCUGUACUAUCCUUCCACGACAGCACCAGUGGAUAAAAAUGAUCCAAAGUUCGCCACAUCGGGGACUGGCACUCCAACUGCACUCAACGAGAGCAGCUUUGGAACUGGCCAACAGCAGCGCGCGGACAACCUCUAUGCAGAAGUUACCUUCGAUUGCCCGGCUUACUGGUUGGCCGAGGCCUUUGGAGAAGAUGGUAGGAAGAGCUACAAGUAUCAAUAUUCGAUAAUCCCAGCCAUUCAUGCCUAUGAUAUGGAUGCUUACUUUGGUCCCCGUCCGGAUACAAUGUCUGUUGCCUUUCAGGAAGCGGUGAAAUCGAUCUGGAACAGUUUCAUCGUCACUGGAGACCCUACUGAAAAGAUUAACAACACCAUCCCAGCCAAUACGACUAAUGCCAUCAAGUCGUGGACUCCAUUUACCGUUGGGCAGCCAUUUCAACUGAAUCUCAACCAGACUGGUGGCCAUCCCACGACUGAGGAGGAUAGUGUCACGGAUAUCGAUAUAACGGUGUAUGAAGGCUCUGGCCUCCGGCCUGACUUUGACCUCGUCAACGCGUAUACGUGGGAAGGCGGACGAGGACAACGAUGCGACUUCUGGCGGAGUGUGAGUGGUCACAUUCCAGGAUGAGUGUUUUCAAAACACAUGAAUACCGCUCAAAGGAUGUUGUGAGUUGGUUAGUUCCUCCGAUGAGGAACCACGUUUCGAGGAUUUGGUGCCACGCCAGUUACGAUGGAUUAUUUCGCUUAGAAUCAGUCAUGUCCAUACAACGCAGACCGCAUAUAUUCUAUCAGCGAUAAUGCUGUUUUUCAUCUGACGACCCUUCUUUCGAUAUAAUAAAUGCUCAGGAGGCAAUGAGGCAUGCUCCAUUGGAACGUUGCGGGUAUGGCAAGCCACAAGGGUAAGCUUAGCCUUGCCCGAGAACAAAUCAUUCGUGUGUCUUCUUAGUUUACCAAGCCAUCACGCAGAUCG